AUGUCGGCAAAUAUUUUGAAUACUAUUUAUGCGCUUUCAAGUGCUCCCGGACGAGCAGCUAUCUCUAUCUUGCGUUUAAGUGGGCCCAAGAGUAUCGAGGUCUUGAAUAAACUUCGUUAUCCGUCUGGAUCACUAAUUUCGUCAAUACCAAGCCAUAAAGCGCGAUUGGCCAAUCUAUACGAUGACCAGAUGCGGCUAUUAGACAAAGCACUGGUCCUCUACUUUGCUCAAGGUAAAUCGUACACUGGCGACGAUUUGGUUGAGCUGCACUUGCAUGGCAGUCCCGCUGUAGUGCAGGCGGUAAUGAACUCGAUUAAGAAAACGAAUUUAGCUCGAUACGCCGAGCCCGGCGAGUUCACAAAACGAGCAUUCUAUAAUGGCAAACUUGAUCUGUCGCAAGUAGAGGCAAUUCGCGAUUUGAUCGACGCAGACACUGAACUGCAAAGGCAGGCCGCUGUGGUAGGUGCAGAUGGACAAAACAGCAUCAGAUUUGCUGCAUGGAGAAAACAAAUUCUGGAAAAUACAAGCAUGCUAACCGCUUUGAUUGAUUUUGCCGACGAUAAUGAAAUCGACACCACCCCAUCACGCCUGAUCUCCUCGGUCAAGGCUAGCAUUGAGAAGGUGGCCCAAGAUGUUUCGACAUUCCGCGAUCAAGCCAGAUGCUCAGAGCUUAUACAGUCUGGAAUUCGCCUUGCGUUGAUUGGUGCUCCAAACGCAGGUAAAUCCUCACUGGUGAAUGCUUUAGUGAAACGAAAUGCUUCAAUCGUUAGUGACAUUCCAGGGACAACCCGAGACGUAGUUGAGGUUGGUUUAGACAUCCAAGGGUUUAAAGUACUGCUCGGUGAUACAGCUGGUAUUCGACAGUUGAAGGGUCGAACUGAACAAGAGCAAAUUGAAGCACUGGGUAUAGAAAAAGCUUUGGAAACUGCGAGACAGGCCCAUAUCGUAGUCGCUGUGCUGUCUCAUGGCCAGCACAUGGAUGCCAAUUUGCAAAAACAACUAAAGCUUCUUCGUUUGGAAGGUAAACCAAUAGUGACUGUCGGUAACAAAAGUGACCUUGGCGCAAUUGAAAAUGUCAAUGUCCAGAUCUCUUGCAAAACAGGCCAAGGUUUGGAUGAUUUGGUCAAAGUGCUGGGCAACGCGUGCCAAUAUCUAACUAUAAAAGGGUCUGAUAAUAUUAUAGGAGCAUCGCAGCGUAUUAUGGACUUGAUAGAUACUGCUGUGCUUCCUGGGUUGCAGCAGAGUGUCAGGCUUCUGGAUAACAACGACGUGACUCUAGCUAAUGCUGAGUUGCAGCUUGCAAUUGAAGGGAUUGGAAGGAUUACCGGUCAGGGAAUCACUACAAACGAGAUCCUGGGCGUUGUAUUCGGAAGCUUUUGUGUAGGAAAGUAA